CGCCGCUUCUGAGGCAGAAACGGUCAAGGUGGCAGCCCUGCCCAACGUGCUGCUGAUUUGUUUCUAGGUUACCUUUCUGGAAGGAUAUUUCAAAUUACUAAAGAGAGUGAUUUGAGGUGUUGUUUGUUAUGGCUCACUCGAAAACGCCCUCCACGUCGCUUGAGGGCAAAAAACUAAAAGUCUCUGCAUGCAAGGAAGAGACAGGACUUCCUGAACUAAGGGAGAAAAAAAAUAUGGUGGAUCGCUCAAAACCCCUUCCUACUUCUCUUCAGAAUGAGUUCAUCCCUGAGGAAGUUCUUCUUUCUCUGACCUAUACAGCCAAUGCUGGUUCUUGUCCUGAAAAUUUAUUGCCUCCUAAGAAAAUUAAAACCCCAAAGGGUACCCUUCCACGCCUUGCUGAUCGUGUCUGGCAUCACCCUAUUCGAAGGGAUAAGUUCAGCUAUCUCAUUGAUCAUCCUGUUUCCCUAACAGGAGCUGGAAGGGAUAUUUCUUUUCUGUACGAUGUUAAAUAUGUCAAAGGAGAGGCUCGGGAGGGUGUGCUUUGUCCCCCACACUCAGGCCACUCAUUACAGACACAUGAUGGUGUCAUUGUGCCUCAUAAGCCGAAGAAGCUCACAGAUACUUUGAUUCCUGAAGAAUUUCACAUUGUAUCGAAUACAGGAGUUUCAGGUUUGGAGUGCUACGAUGACAAAUACACGACUCUCCUCAAAGAUAGUGAAAACAGGCUACUGCUCUUCCCAUCCAUGAAACCUAAUAAAAGAGUAGAAGUGAUCCAGCUGAAUGAUGUGAUGGAUACUAUGCUAGAGAGGGCUGGUGUGGAAAAUCAGGAGUAUACAGGGCCAACCCAGAUGCACAAACUACUACAUAUGUUGAAGAAGGAACAGACCAUUUACAAUACAGUAUUUCAUGAGCUUAUUCGACAAGUCAGUGUGGACUGUGCAGAUAGAGGAGAACUACUCUCCAAAAUCAGAGAGCGGUAUGUACAAAUGCUUGACCAAAUUGCCCGGCAGAUGAUUGACUUCUACAAAGACCUGGUAACUCAGCGAAUGAUGGACCAGCGCAUUUUACAAGAAUUGUUCAACUUUAAGAAUGUUAUUGAGGAACUGACCAGGGAGCUGUGUUUGGUUCGGGCACAUGAUAUGAAAUUAACAAAAGAAGCAGAGAAGACUCACAGGGAUUUGGCACAAGCUCUUAUAGAUGCUGAAAAGAAUGCCAAAGUUGUAGAAGAAUACCAUGACUUAUAUGUGUUACAAAGAGGAAGGAUGGAGAAUGAUAUUAAACAGUUAAUGGCAGAAAGGGAUAUCUGGAGCUCAGCCACAUAUGACUUGGCCCUAAAGGUAAUUGCAAAAAAUAGAGUCAUAUUGGCUAAAAGACUUUACCUCAAUGAAAAAGGCUGGAGUAAAUAUGCUAAGCAUUUCAUCAUACUACUAUCAACCAAGGACACUUCGGACCUUGCAUUGUUGCAGAAGUUGACACAGAAAUGGACAGUCUCAAUGAAUAAAUUUAAACAGGAAGUGGAAGAAAAUGAAGAAUCUACAAGGGAGAAACUGUACAUUGUUAAGGAUGGUCUUACCAAAUGGCAGCAGUUCUUCAAAGAUAAUAAUGGAGAAGAUUUAUCCUCUAGUAAAGGAAAUAUAUUUGAAUCAGUUCUUCCAGACUUCAAGCAGUGGCUAAAGAUACUGAACGAAGAUAAAGACAAGUUUACUGGGGGUUUUCUAGUGUCAAAAUCUGAUUCUCUCAAGAUUAUUAAAUAUUUACAGGAAAACUGGACAGAUAUUGGGUAUGGGAUAUUUAAUCGCCAUAGAAAUAUGGACGGGGUGAUGCCACCAGAGUACCAGCUCAUGGAGGAAAUUGUAAAAAGCAUAGAAAAACUCUACAAGGAAUUUCAAUUAAGAAUAAGUGGGGAUAAUGGUGUCACUAAAAUUCUUACAAGUUUGAUUAGUUCUCUUGACUUCUAUUCUUUCAAGUUAGAAAACCAUCUGGAAUUUCUUGAAGAAUGGGAGGGACUUAAUGAAAAAAUUAAUGAAAUGACAACUCAGUUGGAUACACUGUUAAACAUUAUUGGUACUGUUCCACAGUACUUAGAAACAGAUUCUGGCUCAGUACUUGAAGCACAUAUAUUUAACAUGAUUCAACAAUGGCAUUUGAAGAUAGGCAAUGAGAUUGCUGAUGGUAACAUUGAACUUCAGCGCCACAUGGAUGAAUUGCAUAUAUCUAUGGUCAAGUGGAUGGUAAAUUUGCUGACAUUAAUGGUACCUGACUUUACUGAUCAAGACACUCUGCCAAAGUUAGAGAAGGAAAGUGCUGAAAAACAUGAUAUAGGCAUUGCAAAGUUAGAGAUAGAUGCAAUUGCACUGGCCAAAAAUUUGUCCCGAUACUCCAGUUAUUUGAACAGUUGUUGCAAAGGGAUGGUAGCAGCUAUGGCUCUGAGUAUAGCCAGCAAAUUACAAAAAAGUGCUGCUAAGGAUCUUCAUGAUCUGGCUAAGAUGAAGAGGGAAUGUUAUGAGUGGAUCACCACAUGCUCUCACCUCCUUUCUGGGAUCAAAGGCAAAAAAGUCAAGUUAUUGACAGAUGAAGAAAAGGAGCAGCUGCUUGAAGAAGAGGACAUUAUCAAAGAAUUCAUGGAGUCUAAACUAGACAUGCCUUUUAAUGAGGAUGAAGAAGAAAGUACACAAGAGAAGAAGCUUGAGAAGGAGCAAGAAAAGGGAGCGGAAAGACCUUCAACAUCUACAGAGGAUGAAAAACUCAUUCGAUUUGUUGGAGAAGACGAAAAUGUCUAUUCCGUGCCUGUGCGUAGAACAGAUACAUUAUCUUUCUGGAGAGAAUCAGCUAAUCAAGGUACAUUGGCCCCAAAGUAUCUUGAAGUGAUAACUAUAAUUGAACACAUGGAGGGGAAGUUAAUAGAGCUUGAAAACCGAGCCAGACAAGCGGAGGAUAAGUUUGAUGAUGUCAACGAGGAACUGCACUUCACGCUGAUGAGAAAUAAAGAGCUGGAGAAGCAGCUGGAGGAGGCGGUGGCCAGGCGCGAGGAGAAGGAGCCCGAGGAGGGCCAGGGAGGAGAGGAGGAGGCGGAGGAGGAGGAGGAGGAGGAGGAGCCCAUCUCGGCCGAAAACGCCUCGAAGCCCUCGAGGAAAGAGGCACAGCGCAAGGGGAGUUCUUUCAGCAACAAAUCCAGACCCCGGACUAAAUCCAAUAGUAAGAUCAAACCCAAGCAGCAUCCAUAG